AUGGAACUUACGAAAUAUUUACUGUUUUGUCUAACAUGGUCCUUCAUCAGAGCGGCACCAGAAUGUAAAUAUAAGUCUCAUAAAAUAACAGAAUUAGUUUGCACGUCUUCCGAAGAAAAUUACAUUUUAAAGAGAGGACUCGUCUCUGAUAACAAUAGGACGAGCUCUGUCACUCUGAGAGGCUGUAGAGUAUCUGGUGUGGAAUAUGAGGCUUUUGAGAAUAUGGCAUCUCUAAAGUACAUUGACCUCUCACAGAAUAGUAUAUCUGAACUGAAGUUAGGAGUUCUGGACGAUAUUAAAACGGUCACUCACUUAAACUUAUCACACAAUGCAUUAACAACAUUCCCACUUGGCUUAUUUGAUCAAUUGCCAAAUCUGGCCACACUCGAUUUGACCAGUAAUUCGCUAGAGAAUAUAGAAUUGGGUGUGUUUGAUCCGUUACAAAAAUUAAAAUAUCUCAGUUUAUCCAAUAAUAUGUUACGAGGUGAUAAUAUAAAUCCGUAUAUUUUCGAUAGGAAUGUACAAUUGAUAUAUUUAGAUAUGUCCAGGAAUCAUUUGACCUCUACUCCCUCUCAACUCCUGAACGCGGUAAAAGUUCUAGAAACACUGAUUUUGGAGAAAUGUCUGUUAAAUGAAGUGCCGCUGUUUGUUGUAAAAAAUAACUUGAAAUCUCUCAAGACGCUUUCCUUAGCGAGUAACCAUAUUAGCAAAAUUGAUGACCCAUUAAUUUUCGUUAAUGUAGACAACCUUGAACAUUUGAAUUUAGCAGAUAAUAAUAUUGCAAUACUUGAGGGUAGCGUCUUCAAAACGUUGAAGAAACUAAAAUCGAUUAUUCUACGAGGUAAUAAAUUGACAUCAUUACCAGUAGAGCUAUUCCAGGAUAUGAAAAACUUAGCAAACAUCGACUUAUCACAUAAUUCAAUUUCAACCAUCAACGUCAAUAGUUUCCACGGGACGUCCGUCAAGAAUUUGAACCUAGCUGACAAUAAGCUGACAUAUUUGACGAGUAACUUCUGUUUGGAGUUAAGGAACUUCGGAGCCAAGUUGACCAAGUUCUACUUCAACCAGAACCCGUGGCAGUGCGCGUGUUUGAGAGACAUAGUUGAUGAAGUUAAACGACUGGGCAUCAGCUACAACAGCAGACAGUACGACGGUAGACAUCCCGUUUGUGUCACCACUGAGGAGUUCCAUUGUAACAGACAUGACAGAUUUAAUAGAGUUUAUAUAGAUAUGUAUGAUGAUUUAGUUGUUAAUGCACAAAAUCUAUAA